UCGAGGAGGAAACGCGACGAGAGAGAAUGGCUCGUAUGCUAAAGGGAGGCCACUCUGACAGUGUUCUGUGUGUGGAGUGCAAGGAGCAUCUCCUGGUGAGUGGAGGGGAAGGGGGAGAACUCUGUACCUGGGACCUCCGAACAGAAGAGCUCACCCACAAACUGACUAAAUCUGAUGGCUGCACUUCAAUAUGUCUUCCCAAAAACAAACCAGACACUCUGUAUGCUUCCUUCAGGGAAAAUGUUGAACAGUACGAUGUUCGUAACUUUGAUUCUCCUGUGGACUCCCUUCCCGUCUGUGAUGAUGAAAUUAAUCAGAUUGUUCUAAAUGAUAAGGAGGAGUUUCUUGCAGCUUGCGAUGACACAGGUAACGUGAAAGUAUUCACUGUUAGAGCUGGUGAAAACAAGGUGUUCAAAACCUUGAGGAACAAACACACGAACAUCUGCUCCUCAGUGACGUUUCGUCCGGGAAAACCCUGGGAUAUUGUGACUGGAGGGUUUGAUUUCAACCUCAUACACUGGGAUUUUGGCAAGUUGAAGGUUUUGAACAUGUGGAAUAUGCAGGAAUUAAUAAGUGAUGAGAGUUUGGACAGUGUUAACUACCUCCUGAACCCCCCAUUUGUUCAUCAUGUUAACGUGAAUCCUGAUGGAACCUUGGUGGCCUGUGGCCUUGGAAAUGGGGGUGUGCUACUAAUGGACUCUUCCAGACGGCAUCUGAAGAAGGAGCACUACUUUCAGGCUCAUUCGCAGGGCGUUUCUCAGGUUCAUUUUGUUGACAGUACAAAGUUUAUAACAGGAAGUAACGAUGAACAGAUCUUGAUGUGGGACUUGUCGCGGGGCGAAGGCGCAGGAGAGGCGGCAGCUGCCCCCACACCCAUCACGAAUGGGCACAGAACUAACCCAGCCCCAGUUGUGCCCGCUUUAACUGAGAACGUCAUCUGUCACAAAAUUGAUCACAAGUUCAAGAUAAACUGGUUGACACCUGUCACACGGAAUGGGGUUUUAGCUGUGGCAGUCGCUGAUCAGCGGUCAGACAUAAGUUUAUACGCAAUUCCUUGAUAUUAGGUUGUUAAGUUUCCUGUAAGGUUGAUAACUGUACAUAACCUGUAUACAAAUCCUCAGAAUGUGCCAUCAGGUGCUUACAACUAGGACUGUCGUGGAAAAAAACAUGAAGGUUUUUACCCCAAACUUUAAAUAAUGACACUGUGACCGUGCAUCAAGAAUGUGCUGUAAAAUGCCCUCGAAGAGCCUUUAAGCCUGUGACUGAAAGCAAUUUGUAUGAAAACUAAACCUUUUAUGCGUAAAACGUCAUAUUUUUAUCACCAAUGCAGUCACCAGUGCAGCUCACCAAUGCAGCUCAUGAUGGCUUCCUCUCCGGCCGUACGUGGAAAGGUCUGCCAGCAACCUGCGGACGGUCGUGGGUUUACCCCAGGCUCUGCCUGUUUUCCUCCCACCAUAAUGCUGCCGGCUGUCCUAUAAGUGAAAUAUUCUUGAGUACAGCGUAAAACAUCAAUCAAAUAAAUAAAUCAGUCAAAUCCUAUUUUUGUUGAAAUACGUAUUAGCUCUAGUACAGCUUCAAGCCAGGAUAUAAUCUUCAAGUUGGUGCAGGACAUGAUUGGAAAAUUUUUCAAACUACCCACAUUAUAGACCUUUCCGAACUGUCAAUCAAGAACAUGCAGUUGACCAAUCAUGAGCAGUAUGGUUGCGAAUAGGUCCAAAGGAUGUCCCACACAUUGGUUACAAAUGUUCAAUCCUUCUGUGACGUCAUGACGUCACAGUUGCUUCCAUCGGGAAUGGAAUGAGAAGUAAUGUUGUCAUGAGAAGUGAUGGUGGGACAUCAGAUGUGUUAGAUCCAUCCAUUGGAAAUGUUGUUUACCGGACAGUUUUGUGAUCUACCAAACAGCUGACCCAUGCCAAAAUCGUACUGGAUGAUUUUCUGCUUAAUAGGUAAUGAUCUACAGCUUGUAUACUAGUACAUGCAUACAAACAUGCAGUCAUUAAUGAUAAACAGUGUUCUUCAUGUGAGGAAUAAACAUCUG